GCGAUACUUCAACGGCGCCGCCAUAUUGGUCGAGGCAAGCGUAGCAUAUAAACAAAUGCAAGUAAACGGGGGAGCUGCGCUUUAUCGGCAUUUAAAGCACAAUAAGGUUUACAUUUCUUAACACAUUUCAAUGAUUUACGACAUAUGUGGAGUACUAAAACAUAAUGUCUCUAGAUACUUAAAAUCUCAAUAUUUAGACUUAGAAAUAGAACAUGUUUGGUGAUAUGUUAUGAAUAUGCAAGACAAACAACAGCAUAAUACAUAAAAAUAACCGCGUUUAGGUAUUAAUCGAGAAUAAAACACAGACAUCUUGAGAUGGUAUGAAGAAACGUUUUAUUUGAAUCACCAAGCAAAAAAUCAAAGAAAAACUGCAGCUUCGCCAUGCACUUGCGUGGGCUUGUAUGGAAAUGUUGCCACGACCAAUAUGGCGGCGCUGUUGACGUACGACCCAGUAGCGAGAUGUACUUGAACGAGCGGUCUAGUUCUUCUUAUGUCCACGGGAAGGAGCGUCUGACAGGUAGGCUACAGCACAGGGAGGGAGCUCAGCUCAACCAAAGAGGGAAAUAUAGCGGUGACAGACAUGUGGCUGCGUGUCCAGAAGCUCUUGAGAUUGAAUGUUUGUGGUCACGUGUGUGUGAGACAUGUGAAGAGCAGAACACAUCUGCCCGUCCUCACUCUCUUCACUAAGCAUCCGUGUCCUCUGUGUGAUGAAGCGAAGGAAACACUGGAGCCGUAUAAACACAGGUUUGAGUUGCAGGAGGUUGACAUCAGUCUUCCUGAGAACAGCGUUUGGAUGGACAGAUACAGAUAUGACAUCCCUGUCUUUCAUUUAAACGGACAGUUUCUCAUGAUGCAUCGCGUCAACACAACUCUUCUAGAAAGAGCUCUGGAGAAAGCAAGUGUGUGACAAUCACGUCUGUGUGUUCAUGUGUCACAUGCUGUCUGUAUGAACUGUAAUCUGAUGAUAAUGUGAAAUAAAGGACGUUCAUAUGGUGCA